CCCGGACACCUUUCAGGGGACUCUCUAUGAGACGGAGAACCAUACGGUGAAGCAUUUUUACAAGGCCAAUCCGAAGGAUCUAAGGGUAAUCGAGGAGAGGAGCCUGGAGAACGUCAUGGAAUCCGCGCUGGGGAUGAACCUUAUAGCGGUUUUGGCUCAGCACCACAACAUAGCUCGGGCAAUGGCUAGGAAUGAAGAGCUUCGGGCCGAGCUCCAGGCUGCUCAGACCGCCCUGGCUGCCGUCCAAGCUACCCUCGCAACUGCUCAACAAGGCAAGCUAGACGCCAAGGCUACCCUUGCAGCGUCUCAAAAGUGCGAGCAGGCUGCAAAGGCUGCCUUGGCUGCUCUUCAAGUCGAGCUCGCGGAGGCCAAAGCCAAGCAGUUGGAGGCCGAGACUACUACUAAGGAGGAGAAGGCGGCCUCACUAUCCUCCAUGGAGAGCAUGUUAUACCACUGCUGGGCCUUCAACGCAACUUCUCCUUCCUGGCCUUUGAAGUGUGGGAUCCCUACCUUGAGAAGUUUAAAGCUCGGAUUCUACAAGAGCAGUCUGAGACCGGGGAUGCCUCCACCGCUGGCGAGCAGGAGAUCAAGGAGGUUACAUCCUCAGAGCAUCCUGGAGGGUCUUGAUUUUCUUUUUCUUCAUAUUUUUUUUGUAAACAUUUGCCAUUUGGCCUGGUGCAAGGUUAUUUUUCCUCGAGACAAUUUAUUUAUAAUUCUAAUAUCUAAUUUUUUUUAUCUAUUUGUCUUUUCCUUGAUUGUUUCUUAUGUUUAUGACUUGCACAUCAAAAUCUUAGGAAUCGACUUUUAGAUCGGGAUAGAUAUUUUGAUUUUGGUUACAACCAAAAUUAAUGUUGAUUUAUAUCCUACCUGUUAAGUAUCAGGCCUUGGACCCGGUUAUAUUCCAGAUUUUGAAUAUUUCAAACUUAGUUCUUGUUAGGUUUUAUUGCUAUCCCGAGCUUCUAAGGAAGCCAUCAGAUUUUCAA